AUGACCUUGCCGCAGGCAGCAGAGACGGCACCUUCGGGAGAGGAGUGCGCGGCAGCUGUCUGCUCUGAGCAUCACGUGCUAAGGGUGAUGCUGACUGCCCUGCGGCCUACGGACGCCGGUGGGCUUGCGGCCGCAUCGCAGCGCUUUGGUGAGACGUGGUGCGCUGUGCCAAGUUACGGCAUGGCUUCUGCCCGCGUGAUCCAGCUACGGCGUGUGACUUGGAGCAGAGAUCAGCCUGCCUUCCUGGCUUUGCGAGCGCCCGCUACGCGCGCAACUUCCACAGCUGCGCCAAGAGACCUUGCACAUGCAACCGUGGCGGUGCAGUUUUGGAGUGCCUCGGGGCAGUGA